AUGGCAAUCAAAAGUUCGACAUUCCACUAUCGUCGGGGCUCAGACGCAUCCGAGAAAGACUUCUUCGACAUCGCCGAUGAAUCCAUUGCGCAAAUCGCCAAGCGCCAGUUGCGCCGCCCACGAACAUGGAUUACCCUGCUCGUCCUAUUUUUGAUGGUCAAGUUGUAUCGCUCUCGACCUCCACCCGAAACAUCGCUGUUACCUCAUAUCAACUAUAAUAAGGUGGAUUGGUCACGAUAUGCAUAUACACAAUACGCUACCUCCGAAACAUACCUGUGCAAUUGUCUCAUGGUCUUCGAGGCUCUGGACCGAUUCGGAUCCAAGGCAGACCGUAUACUUUUCUAUCCCCAGGAGUGGGAUUUGAUCAUCGAGAAUGAUGGAGACCGAACCAGCCAGCUGCUAGUAAUGGCAAAGGAGGAAUAUAAUGUGCAAAUGAGGCCAAUCUUCAUUGACGGAGUCAGGCCACCGGAGGAUCGUGGACCUGCUCAGGCAUCAUGGGAUACUAGCACCGCAAAGUUGUCCGCAUUCGCUCUACUGGAAUAUGAGCGAGUCAUCCACCUCGACUCGGAUAUGACUCUCCUGCAACACAUGGACGAUCUAUUCUUCCUUCCAAAAGCCCCCGUUGCCAUGCCUCGCGCGUAUUGGCUUCUCCCGGAGACUAAAACCCUCUCCUCGCUCAUCGCUGUGAUCGAACCAUCCUAUCUUGAAUAUACCAUUCUGCGAGAUGCUAGCAAGCCCGCGGUCUAUGGGCAGAUCGAUGUGAACCUCACUGAUGGCCGAUUUGAUAUGGAGUUGUUGAAUAGUCGCUUCGGUGAUAAUGCUAUGGUGCUUCCGCAUAGACAAUAUGGACUGGUCUCGGGAGAGUUCCGUUUGAAGGAUCACUGGAGAUAUAUGGGUAAUGCGCAAGAAGAGUGGAAUCCUGAUAAAGUCCUUUCAGACGCGAAAUUCGUCCAUUUCUCUGACUGGCCGUUGCCCAAACCCUGGACGAUGUGGCAGCCGUCUCAAUUGGCAGAGAUGCAGCCUGCAUGCGACAAUAAUCCAGGGACCCCAGAAGAGAGUGGAUGCCGAGACCGUGAGGUUUGGAAGGGUCUCUAUGAUGAUUUCCGGCGACGAAGAAAGGCUAUUUGCAAGCUACUAAGCUUCCCAGCUCCCCCCUGA